AUGUCCGACAGCAAACAAUCCCUCCUCAACAACCCCACGGACCCCUCCGACCCCCCACCGGCCUACGACGACACCACCCCGAUCACCACAACCGCCACGAAACGCAUGUCGUCGCUCCCGCGGCCCCCGCCCCUCUCGCUCCCCAUCCUCAACCACCUCCGCAGCCAGCGCGUCAUCCUUGCCUCGGCCUCCCCACGGCGCCGCCAGAUCCUCUCGCAGCUGGGCCUGCCCAACCUGGAGAUCAUCCCGUCCAACACGCCGGAAGACUUCCCGAAGACGAUGGAACCGUUCGAGUACGUUCUGGCGACGGCGACGGAGAAGGCGCAGACGGUCUACCGGCAGGAGAUCAUGAACGAGGCCAAGGGGGAGCCGGGCCUGAUCCUCGCGGCGGACACCAUCAUCGCCGACACGGCGUCGGGCCGCAUCCUGGAGAAGCCCCGCUCCGAGGCCGACCACUUCGCCAUGCUGAAGGCGCUGCGGGACGUCGGCGAGCACAAGGUGUACACGGCGAUGUGCGCGAUGGCGCCGCUCGUGAGCGCCCGCGACCCCGGGUAUGCGCUGGAGACGGCGCUGGAGGAGACGGACGUCAAGUUCGAUCAGGGGGUGACGGAUGAGCUGCUGUGGGCGUAUGUGCGCACCAGGGAGGGCGCGGAUAAGGCCGGUGGGUAUGGGUUGCAAGGGUUGGGGUCGAUCUUAGUCGAGAGGAUCGAGGGGAGCUGGGAUAAUGUGGUGGGGUUGCCGUUGCGGUCGGCGUUGCAGUUGAUGGAGAGGGUGGUGGCCAAGGCGGAUGAUGAUGAUCGCUUG